UCCCUCUGACAUACGUAGUGCAGAGAGAGGGGAAGGCUUGCUGUGGGAAAGGGAUGGCGCCGGUGUAGGACCACUGUGCAAAAACGAUGCAGGAGUCUCCCACUUCCUUAGCGAUGGAUGGCUACUCUAGCAACGUGCCAGCGUUUCUCACCAAGCUGUGGACUCUGGUGGAAGAUCCCGAGACCAACCAUCUCAUCUGCUGGAGCAUAAAUGGCACCAGCUUCCAUGUUUUUGAUCAAGGCCGGUUUGCCAAGGAAGUCUUGCCCAAGUACUUCAAACACAACAACAUGGCCAGUUUCGUCCGGCAGCUGAAUAUGUAUGGCUUUAGAAAAGUGGUCAAUAUCGAGCAAGGCGGCCUUGUCAAACCUGAACGGGAUGACACGGAGUUCCAGCAUCUCUAUUUCCUCCAAGGCCAUGAACAUCUCUUAGAACACAUCAAGAGGAAGGUAUCCGUUGUGAAAAGUGAAGAAACCAAGAUGCGCCAGGAAGACCUGAGCAGGUUAUUAUACGAGAUUCAGAUCCUCAGGAGUCAGCAGGAGACGAUGGAGUGUCAAGUGCAGGACAUGAAGCAGCAGAAUGAAGUUCUGUGGAGGGAAGUGGUUUGUCUCAGGCAGAACCAUUCGCAACACCAGAAAGUGAUAAAUAAGCUGAUUCAGUUCCUGUUUGGCCAGCUCCAAUCAAACCCCAGCAACGCUGGAAUAAAGAGAAAAUUACCUCUUAUGCUAGAUGAUGGCAACUCUGCUCCUCAAGUGUCGAAGUUCAGGAGGCAUUUAUCCAUGGACCCGCUCCACGAAUCCUAUUUCAUUCAGUCGCCCUCUGCCGAAUCCGCCUCCUGCUUAAACAGCCCAGCCAUCACUGGAGGACCAGUCAUUUCGGACGUUACUGAAGCAUCGCCAUCGAAUGUUGUGGUCAUGCAGCCCCCUCCUGAUAGCGAAAGAGCAGAAAUGUGUGAACCUUUAGAUGGUGCUGAUUUGAAUCUGGAAGGCCUUCAGAUCUUAUUGAGAAGCCAGCAGUACAAUCUGGAAACUGCCAGCUCUUUGGAUGUCUUCAACCCGGCUGUUUCUGCAAAUGAAUGGAAUUUGAAUGACGUGGAGGCAAGUUUGUCCUCGUUUGUAUUUUUGCAUCAAGAUGCAGAAUCCCACGGUGGAUCUGGAGAAGAAUGCAACUGAAAUGUCUUACCAAGGGUGAAGGCCUCAGUCCAAAGUCCACUGCCCAGGAGAGAGGUCAGUCUGGAAAGCACCCGACGGCACCUUGCUGGCAAACAACGAAGGCUUUGAAAAGCAAUUUCGUGAAUGGAUCUCAAAGUUCUACCUUCUUGUUCUCAGUCUGGAAACGCAGCUUCCGUGAUGUCCUUUGCAGACUUCAGGAAAAGCCUCCCGCUAAAGCUGACCUCUCUGUAUAGAAUGAUAAGUGAGCUUUUGCUGAGUUUGGUGAGACGGUUUAUGCCUUUCCUUUCUUAUGGUAGGAACAUUUACCCAACAGUAUCGAGGAGUGGAUGUCCAUCAUGGUACAGUCCCUGCCACUGCUGCUUCUUGUUUGAAAGCUAUCCUGAUCACCAGCCUCAUUUUCAUUGGGCAUCUUCUUAGGUGAUAUAAGGGGAUUAUCUAUGGUUGUUUCCUGGAUCUCCCAUAUUGUCCUGGAAUCCUAUAGGAGCAUGCAAAUUUAUUCCCCCCUUUGCAUGAUAUCCUAUGGAAAAUCAGUUGAGGAGGAGGUCCACUCUGUUGACAUCCCUUUGCUGCUGAUUAACUUUCACAAGUAGUUUUUUUCUACAGAGAAUUUGUACCUCUCAAAAAAGGUGCAAACUUCCCACAAUUGGUCUCACCCAGUCAUCGUUCCUAAUUAUUUCCCUGUUCCCCCUGCUUCGUUAUCUGAACUUGGACAUCUAUCUUAAUGGCCUGAUCACAUUGAAGACUUGUUGCACUAGUGCUUUGGAUGGGUCGACAUUGAUUGAGAAUCCACAAGGGCACAAAUUUGAUGUGUCAAAAUCAGGUCGGCUGUGGAUCAAUCCAGUUUAGAGGCUCAAUCAGAGUCUAUUACUUAUUCACACGAGAGAGUUGCACUGGAACUGAAAAGUAUUUAGAGGAAAAAAAUCUUUGACAUAGUGAAUGUUUGCAUGCAUUUAUAUUCUUUCCAGCAUUCAUAAUUAUGGGCACUAUUGAGUGUUGGCUUAAGCCUUAGGUUUUUUUUUUUAAGUUGCAAGACUCUUUUACCACCUUAAACUCACAACCUAACCAAACUUAAUAAUUAAGUUUUUAAGAAGUAUCCUGCAAAACUGAAUUUCAAAAGGCAAAAUUUGAAAAUGUUGCUGAAUGUUGAAUGUAUGUGAAUAUUGAGUUUUGCUCCUGUUUGCAUUCAUCUAAGGUGUGCGGCAACUCUGGGGCGGGGACGAAGUACGGGAAUACUGCGUCUCUUUAGAAACUGGUGAAGGAGCAUUUAGAUGUUGCAUACUUCCUGCAAUUUGGGUGCCUUGUGUGAAAGCACACAAGACUCUUCUGCUUCCUUCCUCCACUAUAAAUGGUCUGUUUCCCCUUGUCCAGUCACCCUGGUUCCUUGACCACAAAGUUACCUGAAGGCACUUGCAGAGCAACACAAGAUGGAAAAAAAAAUCUUGAAUCAGCCUAAUUUUGGACUGUUACCCACGGUCCACCAAAAGAAUUGCCAGAACAACUGUGAUCAUCAUCAUCACAAUUCUGGGUGCAGCUGGCACACAUCUGCUGUGCUGGAUCAGUAUACCAGACAAGUAUACAGAUCCUGUAACAAGAUUCCAUCACCUCAGGGAAAGUGAGUUUCUAUAAAAUGUUCCUAUUUAGCAAGUGUGGGAUAAUGUGAACUCUGAGCGUUUUCCCACUUACCUUCUUCCCCUGUAGCCAAGUAGCGCGGGGUCCCCCGGCACUCCCCACUACAGGGGCGGCGACAAUGCAGCCGC